AUGGAUACCGACGGUGAACAAACACCAAGAUCCCCAUUUUGGAUACAAAGCACCACCAACGUCCGCCGUGUGGACCUCUACCGCCGCCGUGCCUCCUCCCUCAUCUUCAACUCCGGCGUCCUCAUCAUCCUCCUACUCUUAUUCGCCAUUUUAUCCAUUUUUUUCAUCAUCCCAUCACUCAUUUCUUUCACAUCUCACUUUUUAAAACCAAAUUUGGUUAAAAAAAGUUGGGACUCUAUUAAUCUUGUAUUAGUUUUAUUCGCUUUAGCUUUCGGCUUCCUUAGUAGAAACAUUAAUACUAAUAACAAUACUAAUAAUUCUAGAUUUGAAAAUGGGUUUAACCGGAGUAGAUCCGAUUUGUCAUCCGGAGCCCCGGUUUCAAGCCCGAUGGUGUCAACACCAAAUCAUUGGUAUGAUUUUCCUGAACAACCGAUUAGUGGGUUGAGAAGACACCGGAGUACUAGCUCUUACCCUGAUCUCCGGGAGCUGUCUCCGCCGUGGAACCACCGUGGUGAAUCUCCUUGGCGGUUUUCCGAUGAUACCCAUUUGAAUAAUCAUAAUCAUAGGGGGGUUGUGAACUAUGAUCGGUAUUAUUUUAGACGAGAAUAUGAUAUGGGUGUUAAAGAUUUUGAUGGGGUGGUGGAUCUUGUUAAAGAAGAUUCAAUUGCUCCGCCGUCACAGCCGCCGGUUGUUGAAAAUGAAUCUUAUUCUCACUCUCCUCCGCUGCCACAGCCGCCGUCUCCGCCGCAACAGCCGUCGGAUGUGAUUAGAACUUAUCAUAGUGUUGGUGUUGAUGACGGAGAUAAAGGUGAAAGCAUGGAGUUUGAUAAAGUUUUGUUGCCGGAAAAGGAAAAUGAGUCGCCGGAAAAUCAAGAUUCUGAUGUAAAAGCGGAAAUUGAGAUCAGAAAAAAGGGAAAAAGAGAACGCAGAGAACGGAGAAGGGCAAGAAGCUCAGAACCCAGAAAAAUGGUGUCGGAAAGUAACGAUCUUGUACCGGAACCAUUGUCUCCGCCGCCGAUCUCGCCGGAAUUUCAAGAUUCCGACAGAAAAACCGGCAAAGAACGGAAAAGAACCGGAGCUAAUGCAACUAAAGAGUUUUUCACAAGUCUUUAUCAAAAAAAGAAGAAAAAGAGACAAAGGCAAAGAAGUGUGGACAAUUUAGACAUUCUUUUACACCACCCACAACCACCAGUAAAAUUUCAGCUGCCACCGCCGUCUCCACCGCCCCCGCCGCCGCCGCCACCACCACCAUCAAUCCUCAACAACUUAUUCACAUCCAAAAAAGAUAGGCGGAAAAAAACUUCAUCAUCAACACCCCCUGCUCCUCCGCCGCCUCCGCCGUCUAAGAUGGCGGCGCGUGCACCAAAACCUGCGGCGGCGCGUGUACCAAAACCCACCACCAUCACCAGAGUGGCACCUUUUGUAACGGAGAAGCCUCGAGCGCCGGUAAAGAUGAAGUAUUUUAACAGCAUUGAUGACAACUCUAGCGGCGGAGAAUCUCCGAUGAGAGGGAUUCCGCCGCCGCCGCCGAUGCCACCGUUUAAAAUGCCGGAUUGGAAGUUUGCAGUGGAAGGUGAUUAUGUUAGGGUUCAGAGCACAUUGAGCUCCGGCAGCUUGUCACCCGACGGAGAUGAAGCACAGUCGCCGUCUUCCGCCGUAGCGUCGCCGGUGUUCUGCCCCAGCCCGGAUGUGAACACAAAAGCUGAUAAGUUUAUUGAAAGGUUUCGGGCCGGGUUGAAGCUUGAGAAAAUCAAUUCAUUUAACCAAAAUCAGGGGAACAGAAUGUCUAAUCUUGGGCCUGGCCCAGGCCCAAGUCGGAGUUAUCGGUUAUAA